CCCAACUCUACAUGACCUUUCUUUGCAAAGUUAUAGAAUUUACACGAAGAGCCCUAAAUUAAUUUCUUCUUAUUUCUGUAGCUUUGAGCUAACAAUGAACAUUUAGGGCUUUUCUUGUAAAUUCUAUAACUUUGCAAAGAAAGGUCAUGUAGAGUUGGAAGAGGUCUCAUUUUAAUCAGAAAUGUGCGGGCUACAAUCAUGCCUCAUUAAGAACGGUUCAGGUUAUUUUUUGGGGUUUCUGAAAAACUCGUUUUCUAGAAAACCAGAUCUUCGAAGGGCUAUGCGGAAGCCGCAUGGUCGUAUUCGUAAUCAGCAUGAUCGAUAACCUAUAACCCACUAGAUUCCGAGCAAAAAGCGUUUAAUCACUUCGUGGGGUUCCCUCGUCAGUAAAACUUAUCCUUUCCUUUACUCCUUUAAAAUUUCUAUCGAAAACGUUGUAAUCAUAUGUAUUUUAAAAAGUUGUCACUGAUUUGUUUCUUCCUUCUUUAGGUGCAAAGAGUGAUCCAUCAAUUGUUCGAUUAUUACAAUGUGAUCCGAAUAUGAGUGCAAAUGUUCAAUUGAAUUCACCGUCUCGUUUACAUUCCUGA